GUGGAGGCUUGUGGUGGGAGAGCAUCCAAGGUGGAGAUAAGACACUAUCUCAGUACUGUAUCAGGAGGCGGCCUGCUCCAGUACACUGCCACACCUCCCACCUGCCUCACCUUCACCUGCUGCUGCUGCUCUGGACCUCAUCUCCUGCCUCACCUCAAGCCCAACAUGUCGAAGAAAGGUAAAGUCACCAGAAGUGGGCCCCCUUUCCACUACCUGCUGCCCUUCCUGGCGUCCGUGGCGGCGUGCAUGGUGGUGUACGUGCCCAUGGAGGAGCCGUCCGUGGCGGGGCUGGUGCUCAAGUGCCUGCCAAUAGUGUGCUUGAUGGGGUUCCUCGCAGUGGUAGAGAAGGUAGAGGGGGAGGCGGCCAUCAACUUGUUGGCCCUCUUCUUCUCCGUGCUGGGCGACGCUUGUCUGGUAUGGAUGGAGGAGCUGCUGGUGUACGGAGUGGCCAUGUUUGGGGUGGCCCAGGUGGCGUACGUGUUCGCCAUGGGGUUCGAACGGGUGAGCUGGGUGUCUGGGGUUGGGAUCCACGUGUCCCUGCUGCUGGUGGUGACGUCGCUGCUCUCAGGCAUCCCCAGCCCUGCUCUCAAGGUCGUGGUCACCCUCUACUCCCUGCUCCUCACCACCAUGAUCUGGCGAGCCUUUGACCGAGCCCGGCUGCGGAGGGACCUGCCUGUAGAGCGACGGAUGUGUUCCCUGGCGGGCGCUGUCGUCUUCUGCAUGUCUGAUGUGGCCAUCGUGGUGGCGCAGCUGGGGCGUCUCCUGCCCCCAGCUCUAGCUCUGGGCCUCAUCCUCGCCACCUACUACGCUGCCCAGCUCCUCCUCACGCUGGGAGCCGCUGAGAAUUUCUGGGCCGGCAGUGUCUCCGUCAAGGCCAGUGGGUCCUCGGCCAAGGCUGUGAGGACCACUGGCAACACUGAUAGACCAACCGUCAAGGCCGGGAGAGCUUCAGUCAAGACUGGCAAGUCUUCUGCCAAAGUUGCCAACUCCUCUCUCAGGAAUGACAAGGUCGCCUCCAGAAAGGCAAAAUAAGUCUCCUGCAGUUGAGGAAAACAGUUGAAGAGCUUUACUUGAAGACUCGAGUCUCUCUUGUGCGAACACACAAAUAUAUUUUGUAAUCACAAUUUUUGUUACAUAGAGUGUUCAGUAGAAGGAAACAAA